AUGAACUCAAACUUGUCCGGAUUUUUGCUUCGUUUAGGAUGUAAGAGGCCUUUGCUACCUCGAUCUAAUGCCCUCUUAAUUUCACAAGUAAUAUCACGUACAUCAUUGCUCAGAAAGACGUUCUCAAGUAGGGCAAGAAUAUUCAGUACUGGCACUGGUGCAACAUCAGACAAGAAGGAUAACAAAGCUGACAGUAAGCAUAAAUCGCUGUGGCCUCAAGUAAAAUCUGCCUCCACAUUUACUUUUUCGGGUAUACUUGUCAUAGGAGCCGUUGGUAUAUCUAGUAUUGUUAUUUAUUUAAUUCUUUCUGAGCUAUUUUCUCCUUCAGGUGACACACAACUUUUCAAUAGAGCAGUUUCUAUGGUAGAGAAAAACAAAGAUGUAAGAAGUUUACUGCAGUGCAAUGACGGAAUUACGGGGAAGGAAAGACUGAAGGCUUACGGUGAACUUAUAACAAAUGACAAAUGGACAAGAAAUAGACCGAUCGUGUCAAAAAAGAAAAUAGAUAAAGAAGGUAGGACACACCAUUAUAUGAGAUUUCACAUUGAAUCAAAAAAAAAACUAGCGUUGGUUCACUUAGAGGCCAAAGAAUCCAAGAAGAACUAUCGACCUGACUUUAUUAAUAUGUAUGUCGAUGUCCCUGGAGAGAAGCGUUAUUAUUUGGUCAGGCCAAAAUUGAAUUCAGUCUCUGAUUCGAAAGGCUUUCUAGGUAUAAGAUGGGGUCCUAGAAAGGAUUAG